AUGCACCAACCAAUCUACAUGGUCCUCGGUGUUUUAUCAUUCUAUGUGCAGUACGUAUAUUUAUCUUCCUCAUCCGCAAAACUUUUUCAAUUCACUGAAGAAGCUCGAGCUGCUCUUUGUCCGUUUGUUGGCACCGAAGGAAUGAAAUGUUUUGAUGAUAGUCCUUUAAAACGUUCUGGCAGGACGUUUGAUACAGGAUAUAUGCAGUUACCACGCAGUGUCGGUAUCAGUAUUGAUCGAAGCACGGGCCUACUCAAAGCACCAGCAGUCAAAUUAACAUAUUUGCCUGCAGGUAGUCGUGUUUGGACCGAUGGAUAUACGGGCGAUAUGUUUGAUAUGAUCAACGAGGCAAUACUUGGGCCAGCGAGCAGAGUAGUAUCCGCUUACAAUGCUGCCCGUGUUCAAAUUUUUCAAAAUGCAUCACAGUUGAGUGCAGCAUGGCAACAAACAUUUGCUGAUGGUAACGUUCGUGGUGGAGAAUUAGCAUGUCCACUUGACAUUCUUGCAUAUGUCAAUAGUUAUUUUGGCCAUGGUGAGGCUCUAGCACUUUCUCAGCGUCCUAUUGGUCUCUAUACAAUGUCAUUAAAUGCCUCAACUGUGGAGCUUAAUUCAUUUGCGCUUCGUGCGCUGUCUCACUUAACAGCAAUGUUUGAUAUAGACCUCUAUGAAGAUUUUAUCGACGCUUGGGGUACUCAUAUUAUUACUAAGUCACUUGUGGGUGGCAUGAUUGAGGAACGAGCUAAAGUAACACGAUGCUUUCGUGCCGCUGAUAAUGGUAUGUUCGCUCGGUGCAUACCGUUCUGGGAUAGACGUUUAAUUAGUUCUAGUUGUGCCUAUUAUGCUGCUCAGACACGCGUGAUUUCGAAACGCUUGCUUGGUGGCAACGUGCAAGUCGAUCACGAGGACGAAUGGAAAAGAACCUUGGCAGCUGGUCCGGCUCUCCUGCAGAUUCUUGAAAUGGUGCCUUGGUAUGACUUUGUUACUGAUGCGGCAGUAAAAAAAAAUUUACAUACAGUAAUUCGAUAUCGCCUAAGAAAUGUCGAUAAUCUUCAGGCACAAGCAGUUCGUCAAGCUGAUGCACGUUUAUCUCCAUGUGUUUCAGUUCCUCUCAGUUCGGCUUAUAUCAAGUUUAACUCUCUUUGGAAAAAGAACGGCAUCACUGUGGCUGGAGGGAAUGGAGCAGGAUCUUCGAUAAAUCAACUCGACGGGGCACAAGGUUUGUUUAUUGAUGAUGAUCAAACUCUUUAUAUCGCGGAUUACGGUAAUCACCGCAUUGUUGAAUGGAAAGCUGGAGCGACUUGUGGCAGAGUUGUAGCUGGUGGAAACGGACGAGGGUCUAGAGCUGACCAACUAAAUCAUGCACAUGAUGUGAUUGUCGAUAAAGUGAGAGAUUGCCUUUUCAUUGCUGACUGGUUAAACCAACGUGUUGUUCGGUGGCCUCUCCGAGGUGCAACGAUUGGGGAAGUAAUCAUUAAUGACGGAGCCGCCACAUAUUUGGCGAUGGACGAACAGGGUUUUCUCUAUGUCACAAACUGGCUGGGACAUGAAGUGAAACGAUGGCUAGUCGGAGAAACCCAGGGAACGGUAGUGGCAGGUGGGAAUGGGAUUGGAAGUCGCCUCAAUCAGCUCAAUAGUGCGAGAAAAGUCUUCGUCGAUCGAGAUCGCUCAGUUUAUGUGUCAGAUUGGUUCAAUCAUCGUGUCAUGAAGUGGGUAGAAGGGGCGAAAGAAGGAAUCGUGGUGGCUGGUGGCCGUGGCAUGGGAAAUUCCCUUUCUCAACUCAAUUUUCCGGAGGGGGUCAUCGUCGAUCAGUUUGGAACUGUUUAUGUUGCGGAUAGAUAUAAUCAUCGAAUAAUGCGCUGGCCGAAAGGAGCAACAGAAGGAGAAAUUCUUGUUGGCGGAAACGGCGCUGGUUCUACAUCAAGUCAACUCAAUGAGCCAAUCGGUUUGUUUUUCGAUCGACAUGGAAAUCUAUUUGUAAACGAGGCUGCAAAUCACCGAGUGCAAAAGUUUGAGAUAUAUUGA